AUUUCAGUUAGUUUUCAAUUAAAACUGGCAAAUUAUUCGAAUUGGAACAAAUGGACGAGUUCAUUAUGUUUGAUUUGAGGUUUUAGUGAUUCUUGAUUUCGUGGUAAUGCAUCAUUCUCUAUUUUGCGUUGUCAUUGUUUCUGUGCACGCAUCGCGCGCGUUUUAUCUAACGCAAAGCAAACGAACAGCUGAUUGCUCACACUUUCUGCUUGCGAGUCUAUUCGUUUGUUCUUGACACUUGUUUGCAAAUUCUUAUGGUAAAAUGUAACAAUCGUACGCAACAUUUAUCACAUUUACCGCCACAAAAUCAAAUUAACUGUUUCAUAUACAAUUUUAAAGUUUUCCAUUCAAACAAAAACAAAUCUUUGAUAUUGAACUGCAUAUCGUAAUGUGCUGAGAUUAACUUUUUUUCUGUUGUUUUUUGUUGUUCGUGUUGUUGCCGAUACUGGUGGGGAUGUGUGAAAUAAAUAUGAUUACCUGGGUAUUGUAAUCAUCAAAGGCUUCUCGGGAGCCUAACAAAUAACACGUUGUGAACAUCUCAAAGUAUUUUGUUUCUUUUGUUUCGUUUUUUUUCUGCAUUGCCCAACUGCUGCUUGACUGAUUCCAUCACAACGGUAGUAUGAAUAGAUGUGUUAUCUUCGCGAUUCUUUUGGCAUAUCUUGCACAGAACGGCUGUUUCUGUGCAGAUGAUCCAACGGCGCCAAAAGUAUAUAUUUCACCCGAAAAAUAUCGGCUACCACGAAGCGUCUUCCCCGAACUCUACACACUCAACGUUUUUACGCACAUUAAUGAUGAAGAAGGCUUCAAAUUUUACGGUGAUGUUCGAAUCAAGGUCAAUGUGAUUGAAAAUGCGAAGAACAUAACGUUGCACGCAAAAAAUCUCAACAUAUCGGAUGCCGACAUUUCAAUCCAUCGCUUGAAGGGAGCCGAUAUGAGACAAGUAUCCAUCAAUCGAACCGAAUUCCAAGAAGAGUUUGAUUUUUUCAUCAUCCACACGAAUGAGGUACUCGAAAAGGACAAACAAUACAAUGUAUUUAUCCCAUUCAAGAGCGAUUUAAGCAAAGGUCUGCUCGGAUUCUAUCGCAGUAGCUACAUGGAUAAACAAUCAAAUCAAAAACGAUGGAUGGCCGUUACACAAUUCGAAGCUACUUAUGCAAGGCUUGGCUUCCCAUGUUUCGACGAACCAGAUAUGAAGGCAAAGUUUGAUAUUAGCUUGGGACAUCACAAAAAUUACACCGCUUUGAGCAACAUGCCAAUACUCACCUCUGAACCAAUUGCGAAUAAAUCGGAUUGGGUACUCGAUAAAUUCGAUGUCACAGUGCCAAUGUCAACUUACCUCGUAGCGUACACAAUUAACGACUUUGAAUUCAGGGAAUCAUCGGCCGACGGCGACGUUGUUUUCAGAAUAUGGGCAAGACGUGAUGCAAUUUCACAGGUUGAAUAUGCCAAAUUCGUUGGACCAAAAGUGCUGAAAUUCUUCGAAAAAACAUUCAAAGUGAAAUAUCCUCUGCCGAAAAUGGACAUGAUCGCUAUACCAGACUUCUCUGCUGGGGCUAUGGAGAAUUGGGGAUUGAUCACAUACCGAGAAUCAGCGCUGCUAUUCCAGCCAAACAUUUCGUCAUCGAGCAGUCAAAACCAUGUGGCAUCAGUUAUUGCUCACGAGUUGGCGCAUCAAUGGUUUGGAAAUCUCGUAACUAUGCGCUGGUGGGUUGACUUGUGGCUCAAUGAAGGUUUCGCCACCUAUGUAGCCAGUUUGGGUGUGCAACACUUGCAUCCCGAAUGGAAUGCCUUCCAAGAGGAGUCAUUGGAAAAUACUGUUUCGGUAUUUGAAUUUGAUGCCUUGAAAUCUAGUCAUCCGGUGUCUGUGCCAAUUGCAAAUCCAAAUCAAAUCUCAUCCAUUUUUGAUCGGAUUUCAUAUGACAAAGGGUCAACAAUCAUUCGUAUGAUGCACCUUUUCCUGGGCCACGAAGUAUUCUUCAACGGUAUUAGCAACUAUUUGAACACAUACCGUUACAACAAUGCCGAACAAGAUAAUCUGUGGGAAGCUCUCACGGAAGAGGCGCACAAAAAUGAAGUGUUAGAUGAGCAUAUCACUGUGAAAGAAAUCAUGGACACAUGGACCCUUCAAACCGGCUAUCCAAUUGUCAAUAUUACAAGAAACUAUGAGAAUAAUUCGGCAACAGUGACACAGUAUCGAUUUUUGAAGAAUCCAACACAACCGAAAAAGCUUACCGAUAACGACAACCCAUGCUGGUGGGUGCCAUUGAGUUACACAACCGAAGAGGAACUCGACUUCAAUACAACGGAACCAAAGACAUGGCUCGAGUGUGAUACUAACAAUCAACCAAUCCAUAAGGAAUUGAUUGAUUUACCCGAAAAAGAAGACUGGAUCAUUUUCAACAUUCAAAUGGCCGGCUUGUACAAGAUUCGCUACGAUGAACACAAUUGGAAUUUGUUGAUCAAACAAUUGACUGGACCAGAGUUUGAAAAGAUUUCCACAUUGAAUCGAGCUGCUUUGAUCAAUGAUGCAUUGGAUUUGGCAUGGAACGGCGAUCAAGACUACAGCAUUGCACUGAAAUUGAUAAAAUACUUGAAACAAGAGAAAGAAUACUUGCCAUGGAGAGCCGCUCUAUCGACACUGAAUGAUAUCGCCCGCAUGCUUCGCCGAACAUCGCAGUACGGUGCAUUUAAGGAAUAUGUCCAAAAAAUCUUGCGCCCAAUUUAUCUGCGACUCGGUGGAUUGAAUGCCAACCGUAAGCAAAAUGAUCGUCUUGAUUUGGUGAAACAUAAAGUUUUGGUAUCAUCGUGGGCUUGUCGCUUCGAUGUCGAGGACUGUAAAGAGAAAGCCCUGUCAAUGUUCAGCAACUGGAUGAAAGAAGAAGAUCCAGACAAAAAUAACCCUGUUCCAUUGGACUUGCGUUCCGUUGUGUACUGUACAGCAGUUCGACAUGGUGGUGACCGCGAAUGGCAAUUCUUGUGGAAUCGUUACUCAAAGAGCAAUGUUGGUACUGAAAAAACACUGAUUUUGUCAUCAUUGGGUUGCUCACGCGAAAUUUGGCUAUUGCAACGAUACUUGGACUGGACCCUCGACGAAUCAACCGGUGUUCGCAAACAAGAUCGUACCACUGUCUUUAAGAAUGUCGCUCGUAACGAUGCUGGUCUUUUGUUGGCCAAAUCAUUCUUGUUCGACAACGUUGAUGAAAUUUACAAGAACCUUCAACCCGACACAUCGAAAUUAUCUUACUACAUUGAUGCGAUUGCCCGUGGAAUGGUGUACACCAAGGAAUACUCUGAAUUUGAGAGUUUCUUCAAGAACAAGCCGGAGAUUUUCAGCAAAAUUUCACGAAAUGUGGAACAAUCGUUGGAAACUAUACGCAACAACAAUCGCUGGCAAGAGCAAAACUUUGCAAAAAUCGGCCGAUUGCUAUCCGAAUUUUAGGGCUGCGAUACAAUUCACCAAGUGAAUAAACCGUAUUGAGAUUUUAAUUUCAAGAGUUUAUAUACUCAUGUAUUUCUUUAAGAAAGAAAGAAAGAAAAAGAAGAGAACAAACAACAGAUUUCCUUUAAUUUCCUGGAGCGCAUAGUAAAGUCAUUUUUAACUAUAAGACUUUUAUUUGUUUUUUUUUGAGAUUUUUCAAUGUCAAUAAAAAUAUUAUAUGUAUUUCUUAAA